UGCAUUCUGAAGUCUGUUGUGACAGAGAAAAUCUGCACACCAGCACUGAGAGGUUGGGUCGGAAGGAUGCAGGACUCUGGAACGCAACUGUCAGCACAUACAGGGUCAAGGUCUCUUCUUCAAGGUGCAGACACUGACAUAUGCUCCAGCCAAUGAGAACUUUCCCGCAGCCUGCCGGCAGAGGGCAGAAUUCGCUCCAGCUGUAGUGGGCGGAGCCUCGGCUGGGGGGGGAUGCUUGGGGGAGUGGGCGUGGCCAUGGGCGGAGCACCGUGUCGUCAGGGCGACCGCUGCUGUACUGCAGAAUCGUGGGAGACGCUAAGAGUCAAGGAGGACUGUGGACCUGUCGGGAGUCCUUCGCAGUGGCCGUCUCUGGGUACCUGGCAACAGGAGGGCAGCCCGGGUCCUCUGUCCCUUUAGCCAUGGGCAGCAAGAAGAAGGAGAUUGCCCUGCAGGUCAACAUCAGCACCCAGGAGCUUUGGGAAGAAAUGCUCAGUUCCAAAGGACUAACUGUUGUUGAUGUCUACCAAGGCUGGUGUGGGCCCUGCAAACCUGUGGUGAACCUCUUCCAGAAGAUGAGGAUCGAGUGUGGCCUGGACCUUCUACAUUUUGCAUUAGCAGAGGCAGACUGUCUUGAUGUCCUUGAAAAGUACCGAGGGAGGUGUGAGCCCACCUUUCUGUUUUACGCAGUAAGUACACUGCAGUUCCAGUAUACAGAAUGUCUGAACUCAGGCGAAUGGAGACAAAACAUUGGAUGGUCAGUCUACCCGGACAGAGGAGGACAGUUGGUGGCAGUGGUUAGAGGAGCAAAUGCCCCUCUGCUGCAGAAGACCAUCCUUGACCAACUGGAGGCUGAAAAGAAGGUGCUGGCUGAAGGCAGGGAGCGGAAAGUGAUUAAAGACGAGGCUCUUUCUGAAGAAAAGGAAUGCUUUUCUCACGAAAAACAUGAUGAUGAAGAGGAGGAUGUGGCAUCAUCAAAGACCUGUACUCUGGCCAUCAUUAAACCAGAUGCAGUGGUCCAUGGAAAGACUGAUGAGAUUAUUAUGAAGAUCCAGGAAGCUGGGUUUGACAUUCUAACACAUGAAGAGAGAACUAUGACAGAGGCAGAAAUGCGACUUUUCUACCAACACAGAGCUGGAGAGGAGGUCUUUGGAAAGCUGGUACAUCACAUGUGCAGUGGGCCAAGCCACCUCUUGAUUCUCACCAGAGCAGAGGACACCGAGGAAGUGGUCACUGCCUGGCGAGACCUCAUGGGACCCUGUGACCCCAAUGUGGCUAGGAGGGAACAGCCUGAAAGUCUUCGGGCUCAGUAUGGCACAGAAAUGCCCUUUAAUGCUGUCCAUGGAAGCCGAGACAGAGAAGAUGCCGACAGAGAACUGGCAUUGCUUUUCCCCAGUUUUAAGUUUUCAGAUGAAAACACGGAAGCCUUUCAGGGUGCCGAGGCUGAAGGUGUGCUGCUGAGGAUGUGAGCGGAGAUGCUAUACUGUUCUGAGCACAGUACCCAGGGAAGGGCACAAGGCUGUGACACGCAACGUCCAAGCACUCGUGUCUGCAUGGAAGGAACCUCACAAUAAGAACUUUUUGUGCACCAAUGCCUCCUUGGUUUAGUGGCCUUUGUGGACAAUGAAAAUAAUAGUACUCUCUUGCCUUAUUAAACAGUCUAUAGAACAUAAAACUUUUUUUUGGAUUUUACCAAAUACGCCUGAGUUACUGUACUGUACUAUGCUGAGACAUGGCAUCACCUUAGGGGAUACUGAGUCAC